AUGGUCCACGACGCUCCGAUAACGGGCAUGAGCUCGCCUCAGCAGUCACCUUCCCACAAGAAGAGCUCAGACGCCGGCGAUACCGAGGUAGAUGGCUAUGCGAAGGGCCUCAACGGUACAGACACGUCCACUGACCCCAACUCGCCGCCUGACUUCGACCCCUACGCCGAUGCCGACCUCGACGUCCCCGAAUGGGCCAAAAACUUGAAGCCCGCGUCGCCGGCGAAGAAGAAAAAGGUUUCCAAUCGGCAUCGCGCCGACAAUGCCGCCUUUGACAUUUGGAUCGAGCAGAACCAGCAUGCGCUGACGAGAUCGGAGCGCAGGCCGGUCAGUGAUAAUGAUAAGUCGUUCCAGGCGCUGGUCAAGGGCCUGGGGCAUCAAGAGAUUAUUACCAGUCCGAGAGACUAUCAAUUGGAGCUGUUUGAGCGGGCGAAGGAGCAGAAUACGAUUGCGGUGUUGGACACUGGCUCGGGCAAAACCCUCAUCGCCGCCCUUCUCCUGCGCUGGACCCUCCAGAAUGAGCUCGAGAACCGCGCCAAGGGUAUGUCCCGGCGCGUGGCCUUCUUCCUGGUCGAUAAGGUGGCCCUCGUCCUCCAGCAGCACGCCGUGCUUGCCUGCAACCUGGACUACCCCAUCGACAAGUUCUGCGGCGAGAUGAUCGAGGACGUUGAAGAGGACAAGUCCUUCUGGGACAAGACCUUCGCCGAAAACAUGGCCAUCGUCUGCACCGCCGACAUUCUUUACAAGUGCCUGGCCCAUUCGUACAUCCGCAUGGAUGAGAUUAAUCUGCUCGUCUUUGACGAGGCGCAUCAUGCCAAAAAGAAUCAUACCUAUGCAAGGAUUAUCAAGGAUUUUUAUGUCGACGUUGAGGAAGAUAAGCGUCCUCGAAUCUUGGGCAUGACCGCCUCGCCUGUAGAUGCCCAGGUUGAUCCCAAGGUUGCUGCUGCUGAGCUGGAGGGUUUGCUUCACGCCCAGAUCGCCACGGCUGCUGAUCCGGCUGCCCUCCAGUAUACCCUGACCCGGCUCAAGGCCGAGGAAAUUGUCGAGUUUGACCGGCGCCCGGACAACUGGGAGACGCCGCUUAACCAGCGGCUCAAAAUGCUUGUUGGUCAGUACGAGGUCUUCCACAAGCCGUUUGCCUUCACGGAGACGGCCUGUGCUGAACUUGGUCCGUGGUGUGCCGACCGGUAUUGGCAGCUCUUCUUCCGGGAGGAGGAUCUGGCUAGGCUUGAGGCCCGUUGUGAGAUGGAGAUCCUGGGCGUGUCGGCUUAUAGGCAAGACACGAGGGAGCAGGUUAGUCGGGUGAGGCAGGCGUAUGACUUGGUGAAGAAUCAUGAGUUUGGACGGCCGAAGCUGAGCACAGACUCGCUCUCGUCGAAGGUUAUUGAGCUGGUGAAGGUGUUGAGGAAGCAGUUUGAGGAUCCGGACCAGGAUCCGCGCUGCAUUGUCUUCGUCAAGCAGCGGAAUACGGCUUCGCUGCUUGUGGACCUGUUGCAGCAGCCAGAGAUGCAUAUUGAGGGGUUGAAGUCGGGGAUGUUGGUUGGCAGCGGCCGCGCCGACGCCCACUGGGACAACACCAAAGUCAGCUUCCGCAACCAAGUCCGCACUAUCAUCAAGUUCCGAAAAGGCGUCCUCAACUGCAUCUUCGCGACCUCCGUCGCCGAAGAAGGCCUCGACAUCCCAGACUGCAACGUCAUCAUCCGCUACGACCUCAAUGAGACCCUAAUCCAAUACAUCCAAUCCCGCGGCCGCGCCCGCCGCCACGGCUCCAUCUACAUCCACAUGGUCGAGCGCGGCAACCCGCGUCACCGCCGGCGCCUGCAUGAAAACAAAGCCAACGAGGACGCCCUCCGCCGCUUCUGCGAGGCUCUCCCCGAAGACCGCAAGCUCACGGGUAACAACUUCAACAUGGACUACUUCUUGCGCAAGGAAAUGGGCCAGCAGCAGUAUAUUGUGCCCGGCACGGGCGCCAAACUCAACUACAAACAGGCACUCGUCAUCCUGGCCAACUUUGUCUCCUCUCUGCCUCAUCCCCCUGAGACCGUCCUUGCUCCGGAAUACGUCAUUUGUGCCGUUCCAGGCGGCUUCCAGUGCGAGGUCAUGCUCCCUCCGCAAUCCCCCGUCCGUAGCGCGACGGGUAAGGUCCAUCCCCGCAAGGCCAUGGCCAAGUGCUCGGCCGCCUUCGAGUUAUGUCUCAAGCUGAUCAAGGGGAAGUACCUGGACGCGCAUUUACGGCCUGUCUUUACCAAGCAGCUGCCGGCUAUGCGGAAUGCCAGGCUGGCGGUGAGUGCGAAGAAGAAGGCCGAGUACCAGAUGCGGAUUAAACCUGAGAUGUGGGCACGGAGGGGGGAGCCUAAGGAGCUGUAUGUCACCGUGCUGGCGCUGGAGAACCCCGGGGCUGUGGGCCGCGAGACGAUGCCUUUGUUGUUGUUGACGCGGGAGCCUUUGCCGAAGUUGGCGAAGUUUACGCUGUUUUAUGGGCAGGGGCCGGAUAGGACAAGUCAGGUCCGGUGUGUACCUGUGCCGGGGAGGAUUGUGCUUGAUGAGGAGGGACGGGAAGCGAAGGCUCUGGCCGGGUUCACGCUGAGGGUUUUUCAUGAUGUGUUCAGUAAGGAUUUCGAGGCUAGGGUCGGAGAUUUGCCUUAUUUCAUUGCGCCGGCGACGAAGGGCCAUGGGGAAGGUUUUGAGAUCGAGGAGGAUGUUAGGGGAUUGGUUGAUUGGGAGGUGGUUUUUCGUGUGCAGGAGGGUGAUCGCAUUCCCUAUGACGUUGAUGCAGCUGGGGAAUAUGCAGAUGAAUUUUUCAAGGGCCACUUUGUAGUCGAUCCCUAUGAUGGCUCGCGGAAAUAUUUUCUCAGGGGUCGGCGGCAUGAUAUGAAGGCCACGGAUACUGUGCCUGAGGGGAUUGUCCCGCCGGGCCAUGCUUGGAGGGGUGUUUCGACGAGGGAUAUUCUGAAUUACAGUCUCACCAAGUGGAAGAGGUCGAGGGAGAAGACGACGCUCAAUCCUCAGCAGCCGGUUGUUGAGGCUGAGUUGAUGCCGUUGCGGAGGAAUCUGCUGGAUGAUAAUAUUGGGGAGGAUGAUCUCGAGCCGAAGCAGUGCUUUUUGGUGCUGGAGCCGUUGAGAAUCUCGCCGCUCCCCGCCAAAACGGCCAUGAUGGCGUACAGCUUCCCUGCCAUUAUCCACCGCAUCGAGUCAAAUCUCAUCGCCCUCGACGCCUGCCGUCUGGUAGGCCUCGAUAUCCGGCCCGAUCUCGCCCUCGAAGCUUUAACAAAGGAUAGUGACAACACAGGCGAGCACGAUGCAGAGCAGAUCAGUUUCCAGCCUGGCAUGGGCAACAACUACGAGCGUUUAGAGUUCCUGGGCGACUGCUUCCUUAAGAUGGCCACCACCAUCGCCAUCUUCACGUUGAUCCCGGACAAGGAAGAGUUCGAGUACCACGUCGAGCGCAUGCUACUCAUCUGCAACCGCAACCUCUUUAACAAUGCCCUCGAAUUCAAGCUCGAGGAGUAUAUCCGGUCUAUGGCCUUCAACCGCCACUCCUGGUACCCGAAUAACUUGACCCUCAAGAGCGGUAAAACUAUCCAGCCGCGCCGGACCCAUCUGCUAGCAGAUAAAUCCAUUGCCGAUGUCUGCGAGGCACUCAUCGGCGCAGCACUCUUGACAGGCCAGGAUCGCGCUGGCUCGACUGCCCCCGAGCAAGGUGCCUUCGACCUCGCCAUCCGCGCCGUCUCAACCCUCGUCAAGUCCCCCCGCCACUCCAUGUCCUCCUACUCCGAGUACUACUCCCUGUACACCCCUCCGGCCUGGCAAACCGCCCCCUGCAGCUCAGCCCAAGUCGACAUGGCUGCCCGCUUCGCCUGCCGCCUAGGCUACACCUUCCGCCAUCCCCGCCUCCUCCGCUCAGCCUUCCAGCACCCAACCUAUCCCUCCGUCUACGAGCAUCUUCCCUCGUAUCAACGCCUCGAAUUUCUCGGCGACGCCCUCCUCGACAUGGCCAUCGUCGAGUGGCUGUUUGCCCGGUUUCCCGGAGCCGAUCCGCAGUGGCUGACCGAGCAUAAGAUGGCCAUGGUGUCGAACCAGUUCCUUGGAUGUCUGGGGUUUAUGCUGGGUUUCCACAAGAACAUUGCGUGCUGCUCCCCGCAGGUAGGGAAGGACCUGGCGAGGUAUGUCGCCGAGAUGGAGGAGGCGCUGCUCGCGGCGAAGGAGGAUGCCGUACGGGCUGGAAAGACGGAGGACGACUGGGCGCGUGACUUUUGGUUGAAUUGCUCGCGCCCGCCGAAGUGUCUUCCCGACGUGGUUGAGGCGUAUGUUGGGGCGGUGUUUGUAGAUAGUGGAUACAAUUUCGGGGAAGUACGUGCCUUUUUGGAGAGACACAUCCGUCCGUUCUUCGAGGAUAUGCGGCUCUACGACACGUUUGCCAAUAAUCACCCCGUGACCAUGCUCGUGGCUGUCAUGCAGGGUCAAUUCCGCUGCCAGGAAUGGAGGGUGCUCGCGAGAGAGUUGCCUGCGGGGCCGGUCGCGGUUGCGUUGGAUGGCGAGGACACUACUAGUGGGGGGGAGUUCGGCGAGGGCGAGACGCGGGUUGUGUGUGCGGUACGGUGUCACGGGCAGACCUUAGCUCAUGCUGUGGCAGCGAGUGGACGGUAUGGAAAGGUAGCGGCGGCGAAGAAGGCGUUGGAGGUGUUGAGGAAGAUGGAGGUGGAGGAGUAUAGGCAAGAGUUUGGGUGCACAUGUGCUGGAGAAGAGGGGGGGAAUGAGGAGGAACUGGAGGCUCAUGCUUCGGCUGUUUAA